UCACAACUAUAAUUUUCUAGUCACAGCUAUUGCGUAAACUCUGUAAGCCGGUUUCGAAAAAGUGUGGUAUUUUUCUUCAACAGAUUAGUUCAGCUACACGAGAGGGAAUAUGUGAUUUUAGGGAAAACCAAGUGAUUAUUGUGAUUACAAAGUUUAAAAAUGUGCAAUAAGCUCUAAUCAUCAAUGUGCUGGCAAAAUGGCUCAAGAUUUCCGCAACCUCAUCUGGGAUUAUUUGGUGUUUGUUGGUUUAAUUUUAGCGACUAUAUCAGUUGCGGUGUAUUCGAAAUUUUGCGGUGUUAAAGAAAAAACAAAGGCCGAUUAUGUGUUUGCUCUUGGAAAAGUGUCUGUGUUUGCCAUGAUGUUGAGUAUAGCCAGAGGAAAUCUUGGAGUUAGAUCAGUCAUAGGUUAUCCCUCCGAGUUAUACUACAGGGGAGCCACAAUGUGGGAAUCACUAUACGGCAUACUCCUAGCGUAUCCAAUAGUCUGCUUUGUGUUUGUUCCUAUCUACUUCAAUUUAGGUGUAACUUCUGUCUACCAAUAUCUGGAUUUAAGGUUCAAAUCUCGACUAGUCAGAUGCCUGGCAUCAGGAACAUUUAUAAUGCGGCAAUUUUUACUACAAGGAGUGACUAUUUUUACGCCAUGCGUCGCUAUUAGGACUGUUAUUGGGUUGCCUUACUGGGUGUCCAUUUGUAGCAUUGCUUUAAUCAGUAUCCUGUUUAAUAUAUUGGGAGGUCUAAAAGCUGCUAUAUGGGCGGAUGUACUUCAAAGCGUAACAAUGGUUGUAGUUAGCGUCGCUAUAAUUAUUUAUGGAUGCAUUGAAGCAGGAGGUGUCGGCAACGUCAUUGAUAUAAACAAAGCUAAUGGACGGUUGGAGUUUUUCAAUUUUAACACAGAUCCUAGUAUAAGAGUAACAACCAUUUCAGCAGUCGUUGGACAAUUAUUCAUGUCUCUGUCAAUCCUUGGUUGCCAGCAGAGCUUCGUACAACGUUAUUGUAGUAUGGAAUCACAAAAACAGGUGACAAAGACCCUAAUGUACAACAUGCCAGUAAUAACGGUACUAUUCAGCCUGUCAUGGGUAGUAGGGAUGGUAAUCUACGCCGUGUACGAACAUUGCGAUCCCCUGUCGUACGGUUACAUCAAAAACUUGGACGAAAUUCUGCCGUUUUACGUCGAAGAUCGAUUCAGCUUCUUUCCAGGCCUGUUGGGAUUGUUUAUGGCCACUCUUUUUAAUGGAGCACUUAGUUUAAAUGUAUCAAUAGUAAACUCCUUGGCGACUGUAACUUUUGAAGAUUUUCUGAAACCGUUACCAGCUAUGAAGGGAUUGAAGGAUUCGUAUGAGCUGUGGACGAUCAAGACGAUUGGAGUGGUUUACGGUUUAAUCAUUAUGGGUAUGAGUUUUCUAGUCAGUAUGUUGGAUGGGGUUAUAGAAGCUUCGAUGCUAGUAACUUCUGUUACUUCUGGACCUUUGUUGGGAGUGUUCGUACUGGCUAUGUUGGUUCCUAUUGCCAAUAGUAAGGGUGCCUCGUUCGGAGUGAUACUCGGCCACUUGAUUACGUUCUGGAUAGCAACAGGAGCAUUUAUUAUUGACAAACCUCCGACGCCUUAUUUGCCGCUGAAGACCGACGCCUGCAACGAAACAUAUUUUAGCCGUCACAUUUACGGGCCGGAAAAUUUUAAAGCAAUUCCCGUACCUGCGUAUCAAUAUAAUUAUUCGAAAAUUUAUCAAGAAGAUCUUUCGAAGUCUGAAAACCCAUUGUACUCAUUGUACUCAAUCACUUACAUGUACUACACCUGCAUCGGCUGCUUUGUAACGGUAUUUUUUGGAUCUCUAGUAUCAUAUUUUACAAGAAGUGACACGGACAAAUGUAGCGAGGACCUAAUUCAUCCCUGGAUUUGGAAAUUAGCCUACUUUUUGAAUAGAAAGGGCAGCUACGAUAUGAAAGACGGUGAUAAGAACCACGGUGAUACUUCGACUGGAAUCUGAAACUGAAAUAAUAAAUAUUAAGAAGUGAGGUGGAAUACCUACAAUUGGUAUCAUUCUAGAGUAAAUAAAGCUAGUCCAAUCGUCAUAUAUGUGUGUGCGAUAUACGUCAGCAAUUUUAAAAUGUGUCCCUAACCUAAUUCCUUCAACUUUAACGCGUGAUCCAGAAAAAAUGGUUUUAAGGUAUCCAGAAAUACAAGUCAUAUAUGUGAUAAUUACACAUAACUAAAUUAAAUUGUAAGCAAAGACAUGUUUAAUUUUCUCUAAGGUCUACUUUAGAGACAUUUUUUGAUGAUCACUUCAUACUUGGGUUUCAGUUAUAGUGUCAUUUUAAUUGUUUUGUUAUCUUCGUAAAAUAUGAGACACAUAUGAGUUAACCUGCAAUAAAUUUUGGAGCAAUAUUUUUAGUUUGAGUCCACAUCACACUUAAAAGAGAAUUGUGUUCAACAUAAAAGUUAUCAAGUUUUUUUAUAAUCCAAUAAAAGAAGAUAUAAUUAAAUAGGACCGUGUUUCCUUAUUUUAACAGUUUCUAGUGUUUUUUCAUAAUCUAUAAGAUAAAUUUGACGUAUUUUGUUGGGAUUCUGAGUUUUUUGUUACUAGCUGUCAAUAAUUUUGAUAAACAAUUUUUAAAUUCGUAAAGUCAAGACGAAGAACAACAAAAAGAAAUGUAAACCGUCUUUAUACAGAAACAUCUGGUAUUUAAAUUCUGUGAAAUUUUCUCAACAAUUUUUAUAAAAAUUGACUAAAAAAUGCUAGGAACAAAUAUUAACAAUAAUAAACAAAGGAUAAAUGUUUAUCCAUAUUUGUCUAGGAGGGAUAAUUUGUUCUUUUUCAACUUAGUUUAACAUUUUGGAAUAUUUAUCUAAAGAUCUAUUUAUGAGUUUGGUAUCUAAUCAAUUCCUAGGUAUUUAACAUAGAGGGUUUGGUUUAGUUGGUGAAAAUUUGUUUUAUGAAAUAAUAAUUAUCUUGUUUUGACUGAUUAUGAAAUAAGAUAAACUUUGUUUGCACGCUUAUGCCUGUAGCAAUUUGUUUACUCUACGGUGAUGCGGAAGGAACUAGAUAGGUAUAUUGAAAUGUAAAUAAGAAUGAAUAUUUUUGAGUCAAUUUAGUUGGAGUUAAAAUUUUAUGUACCAAGUUUCAAAGAAGUCACUUUUACACAAUACUGCAGUUUAGAUUUUUGUGAAUUUCAGUAGAGUAAUAGCCGAGAAUCUUCGUUUUUUUUUUUUAAUAAACUUGUUUUAUUAUUUUUUUUCUACGUUCAUGCAAAAAACAAAACUUUAUUGAACUAUAUUUAGUAAAAAGACUGGUUCUUUAUUGCACUAGUGCAAUAAAAAUUUUAUUGCACGCAUCUCUCAUUUUACUACAGCGUUUUAUGAUCAUGAUAAACAUAAAUAUUUAAAUUGACGCCAAAUAUUUAGUCCAUUUUCAUUUUUUGUGAGAUUGUAUUACUUUGUAAAAAAUAUUAAUAUUGAAAAUUGUACAAUUACUUUUAAUAUUAGUGGCAAAACAACGUUUAAGCUUAAUUAUUGUUCAUAACACAGUUGUUCCUAAAGUUUUGGUUAAAUUAUUUUUCUUAACAUAGUUAUAGUACUUUUUCAAUGUUAAUCGAUGCUAAUUAUUAGUAAUUAAAUAUUUUGCUUUUAAAUUAUGCUUUUUAUUCUUCUGCACUUGGUGUCGCCUAAAUAAAACAUUUUUUGGUUUUUGCAUGAACGUAGAAAAAAUAUUGUAUGCAACUCGUGCAAAAAGAGUUUAUUGCACUUCUUGCAUAAAUAAACUAUUAAUGAUUUCAUUAAUGUUUUUAUAAGACGAUAUUUAAACUACCUAUUCACUAUUGCCAAAAAUGUAAGUGAAAUAAAUGUACACGUAAUCAAAUUUUUAUAAUUCUUAAUAAAUUAUAUAUUUUUUUAUUAAAAUU